GAGAUAAAGAAAUAAUAUAUGAAGAACUUCAGCUUCAAGAUGAGGAAAUGAUUGGGCCCAUUAUAGAUAAACUAGAAAAAGUGGCUGAGAGAGGAGAUAAAAUACUAAAACCUGAAUAUGACAUAAUGUGCAAAGUCAAAUCCUGAGUUAUAGAUCAAAAGAAACCUGUUCACUUCUAUCAUGACUGGAAUGACAAAGAGAUUGAAGUGUUGAAGAAAAACUUAUUUCUGAUUUCAAAACCAAUGGCCUACUUGAUUAAUCUUUCUGAAAAAGACUACAUUAGGAAGAAAAACAAAUGGUUGAUAAAAAUUACAGAGUGGGUGGACAAGUGUGACCCAGGUGCCUUAGUCAUUCCUUUUAGUGGGGACUUGGAACUCAAACUGCAAGAAUUCAGUGCUGAGGAGAGACAGAAGUAUCUGGAAGCAAACAUGACAGAAAGCACUUUGCCAAAGAUCAUUAAGGCUGGGUUUGCAGCACUCCAACUAGCAUACUUUCUCACUGCAGGCCCAGAUGAAAUGCGUGCAUGGACCAUCAGGAACGGGAUGAAGGCCCCUCCAGCUGCAGGAAAGAUUCACACAGAUUUUGAAAAAGGAUUCAUUAUGGCUGAAGUGAUGAAAUAUGAAGAUUUUAAAGAAGAAGGUUCUGAAAAUGCGGUCAAGGCGGCUGGAAAAUACAGACAACAAGGCAGAAAUUACACUGUUGAAGAUGGAGAUAUUAUCUUCAAAUUUAAUAUACCUCAGCAAUCAAGGAAUAAAUUUUAGUUAUUCCUCAGAUAAAUAUAC